ACAGUAUUCGAAGUCGUACUGCGACCAAGAACCAAGAGAACCGUACCACAAGAAGAGAGAUCGCAACUCAAUGUUAACAAAGCAAACUAUUUGGUGGCAGUACUUUUAAGAAAUUCCAACAUACUUUUUGUGCUUAGUGCUUGCUGUGUGUUAAUUGGUUGUUGAUGUGGUUUCGGUGCAGUACUACUAGAUAGAAGAAGAUGUUGAAGCCCUUAGAUGAGUACAUAGGCCCAUUAAACACGUCUUAGGUUAAGGGCAAAAUCCAAGAUAUGAAUCAUCCUCCUAGUCUUUUAGAACGACUCUCACCAAGACCGACACCUUGCCCGUUGGCUCGAUUAGGACACAAUAAUUCUAGUACUGAUGAUACAAAUACAUCGACAGAUGGUGGUGAAAAGUAUCAACCCUUCCAAUAUGAACAAUAUAAUCGGCAGACUGGAAGAAUCUUCCAUAAGCCUCAUCAACCAGUGGGACCUGGUUAUCUUCAAAAGCAACAUGCAUCGUCUGAAGAAUCUGAUUACAUGCAAAACUAUUACGAUCAGCCCCAUUCAUACCUAAGUGAAGAUCCGGAUUAUGAUCAAAAGUCAGAUCACAGCCCAUUGGCGACUACUAAUUUAAAAUAUGCUAAAGGUUCUAUAGACUUAUCUUCACUAUGCUUGGGACCUUCUUAUUGGGAAAACGAUCAAUAUGAGAGUAAGGAAAGUGCCAGCGAAAACUCUUCGCAUCAGUAUUAUCGGUCACAAAUGCAGCCCCACGAUUCCAGUUAUCUGUUUGAUAAUUUUACAAAAAUCGGAAAAUCUAGUCCAAGUUUAGAUCAGGGUUAUGCCACGUUGGUGACACCGGUUGCUUCUUCAAACACCAGUCUUUGGAAUGAUGGGAACAUUUACAAGGGAAAGCGGUUUUGUCCCAAAAACAACUCAUUUGAUAAGCUAGCAGAUGAUAUUAUCAUUAAAGUAUUUUCGUAUCUGAACAGUAUUGAUUUAAGCACAUGUGCUCAAGUCUGUAGAAGGUUUGAUACACUGGCAUGGACCCCAUCUUUGUGGAGAGUGAUAACCCUUGAUGGAGAAAAUGUCAGUGGGGACAAGGCUAUUAAAGGAGUGUUAAGGCAGUUAUGUGGCCAAGGCAGAACUGGCGCUUGUCCUAGUGUAGAAAGAAUUUACGUUACAAAUGGUGCUAAGUUGUCUGAUAAAAGCUUGCUUCUACUUGCCAAAAGAUGUCCUGAAUUGACGCAUUUACAACUUCAGGGAUGUACCAAUAUAACGAAUAAUGCUCUCUUUGAAAUAGCUACUAGAUGUAUACAUUUGCAACACUUGGAUGUAACAGGAUGUGUGAAAAUAUCUUGCAUUAGUAUUAACUCUAUUUCGGAUGCCAAUAGGAGAAUGCAGUUACAGUACUUGGAUCUUACGGAUUGCGUAACUGUGUUAGAUGGCGGAUUGAGAAUUAUUGUUCAAAACUGUCCGCAGCUCGCUUAUCUGUACCUUAGAAGGUGCAUACAAAUUACAGAUGCUGGUUUAAAAUAUGUGCCAAGUUUUUGUUCUGGACUCAGAGAACUAAGUGUAAGCGAUUGUUCUAAUGUUACAGACUUUGGAUUAUACGAGUUAGCAAAAUUAGGACCAACCUUAAGAUAUCUUUCAGUCGCAAAGUGUGAUCAAGUCAGUGACGCUGGUUUGAAAGUCAUAGCAAGAAAGUGUUAUAAAUUAAGAUAUUUAAAUGCAAGAGGCUGCGAAGCUGUAUCUGAUGACGCCAUAACAGUUUUAGCUAGAUCGUGUACUAGACUUAGGGCUUUAGAUAUAGGAAAAUGUGAUGUUAGUGAUGCAGGUUUAAGAGCUCUAGCAGAAAGUUGUCCAAAUUUAAAGAAAUUAAGUCUUCGAAAUUGUGAGCUAGUAACGGACCGUGGUGUUCAAUGUGUUGCGUAUUACUGUCGAGGACUUCAGCAGUUAAAUAUUCAAGAUUGUCAGAUAUCAUUGGAAGGUUACAGGGCGGUCAAGAAGUAUUGCAAACGAUGUGUGAUCGAACAUACAAACCCUGGUUUCUUUUAAAUUUUGUUACUUAUUUAUUUUUUUAACUAAUAAAUCUGUUAUAUUUAUUUUGUAAAUUUGUAUAUGAAUUAUAUAAAAGGAAUAUAGUUGCUAUAUUUUC